AUGGCCAUCUGGCAGAAACUACAAAGAAGAAAAGCCAUCAUUCCAUCCCUUUUUCAGGAUUUCUACUAUCUCAAGGCGGGUGUUCACUGCUUGAGGCAGCUGGUCAACCUCAGCAAGUUCACUCCCACAAUGCAGAGCAUGUUUCUGAUGGCUCUGGCUGAGUGUGCAAAGCUCAGAUACAAUCAGCUCUUUCUAUAUGCCAACCAACACUCUGCAGAGAUGCUGCUGCAACUGAAAAACAAUAAUCUUGUGGCAAAACCCAGUUAUGAAAGUAACAAGACUAUCCAAGAGCUUGUCAAGAAAUCUCCCAAUCAGCAGAUUGUGUGGGUUGCCCUUCUCAAAGCUUGGAAGCCUGAUUGCUAUCAAUUCCCUGAUUGCAGGGCUACCAUCAGUAGGGAGGUUGAACAGAAGCAGCAUUGCAGACUUUUAUGGGCCAAAGCUCAAGAACAGGAUUUACCAUCUCUGUCUAUUGACCAGAUGCAUGCGGACAAUAUGCCUGCUGGUAAUAAAGUCACCAUGCUCUUUGUGAGACAGCAUGUCUAUUUUGCUUUCUUUGUUGGAUCCAACUUGCCCAUGUCACCACUCUUUGUUCCCGAGGCCAGCAGCAAUGAUGGUAGCAAUUGGGAUAGGCACCAUCCUCAGGAAACCCGCCGAGAACAACAGUAUCAGAAGAAUAGGGAGAAGGAACAUCAGCAGCAAGAAAAACAAAAACAAAGGCAGUCAUCAGGAGCUGAACACCAAAUGCUGACUGCCCAAGCCUAUUCAGCUGCUCCUCAAGAGUCAACCAUUCACAGUCCCCUUGAAGAAGUCCAGGCGAGUGAUUACAUUCUGUCGUGGGAUGAUAUGCCACCCAUCCUGGAAGAUAUCAGCGAAGAACCUGUUGGCCUAGAGGAACCGGAUCCAAUGCAGCUGCAAGAGGUUGUAGACAAGCAGUUGGAGAGGGAAAAUGAGGAGCAAGAACAUAUUUACUCACAUACCAUCCUCACAACGUCAGACAAGAUCCCUUUGCUUUCAAUCCCCACCCCAGACAAAGGCCCUUCGUUUCGACGCAUCAUGACAACAGAGCGAAUCAAGGAAAUUGCUGGCCUCUUGAGAACAAUCGCCCGCCUGUUUGAGGGAAUUAAUCCUGAAUUCUCGCAAAGCUUUUUGAGUUUUGAGAGAUGGUUAUUACAACGUACCCCAGAACAACAACUGCCAUCCAAGACUGUUUACCAUUGUAGUCAGGGCCAUCAUGAUCCUAGUGAUGGCUGCGAAAAGACCACAAACGCCAAUGGAACAAUUGUUACGCGACCUUUGCCUGACAAUGUAAACGCGGCAGAAUCAACUCUCACCGGAUGGGCUGCCUACAGCAAUGGGGCAGGCAGCACGAAUGAUAGCAAUGGCACCGCUGCUAUCAUCAACACCAACAUCAACAUCAACACCAACAAUACCACCACCGCAGAAGUUCCGCUUGACGCUGAAGGCAAUGCGACAACCGAAAGGAUCACCAACACCGAAGCGGCUACCAACAGCAAUGAGACUGCUGCCACUGAGAAUAGCAACAACAAUGAAGCAAUUCAGCCGAAAGCUUACUUCAGCGAAUUUGAUCUCCCUCAAAAGGAAGUAGAGAAUCUUGUGAGCCUUGCAAGAUCCAUCGCUGAUGGAGAGGAAGCAGAAGAGAUUGUGACGGCAUUUGAAAGAGAUUAUGCCAAGCAUCCACAACUGUUCUGGGAUAUGUUCUCAGGAAAUCUCAAGACGGAAAACUCUCUCGACAACCUUCUGUCCGCAAUUUCUCACUUUAAGAGUUCAAGUCCACUGGGCCGCCGACUCCUGUCGAGACGACUAGAUCAGGAUGUAGAUUGCAUCGCACAAGCUGAGGAGGAGAAUUGGUUCCAAUGCCGAGGAGGGAAUGGAUCAACUAGCAAUCAAAGUUUCAGGGUCUUUGCUCUUGAAAGACGUCUGGGAAGGAAAUCAACGCCUGCAGAACUUGCCAGUUUACGAUGUGGUGAAAGGCUUUCUCAGUUGGAGAGUGGCUAUCUAAUGGGAUUUGGGCAGCCUCACUGGACAAUAUUGGAACGUGGGUUGUCGUUAGAAGGGGCCUAGAUACUGGAUGGUUACAUUCGCACGCGAAAGUCGUUUCAAUCAUACCACCGCCUUUCACCCUUGGUUGAUAAUGUUCAGAACUCGUUCCCAUCCUCGGGCAGCAAGAGAAAGUUCGGUGGAGAGCAUGAAGGCAGGAAAUUUACUACUGGAAUAAAAGAACGCCCAGGCAUAAGUGUAUUUCGGCUAAGGA